AAUUUGCAUCUGGGCACACUGACCAAAUUAGACAAUAUAACUUAGCAAUAAAAAAAAAGCAAUAUCCAAAAGCAAGUCCAAAAUUGGAAGUCAACCCAUAUACACAUACACACACCCGCCCUAACAAAUAUAAACGUCAACCAGGAGCAGUGCCCCGACGGAACAAUGACUGGAUCGUUCAGUGUGAAACUCAAGUCGAAAAAAGGUCAAUUCAUUGUCAAAGACCUGAAUGAGAAUACGACGCUCGGGGAGCUGAAACGGAAAAUAGCCACUGCCACCGCAAUCCAGCCACCCCAGCUCCACGUCCUGGUGGGCUAUCCGCCCAAGCCCCUGGACCUCUCGCAACAGCAGGAGGAGCGCGACCUCAAGACCGUCGGCAUCAACAGCGGAGAGACUUUGAUUGUGGAGGAGAAGGCCGCUCCAGCAGCCGCACCAGCUGCCUUUGCCAACCUGGAGGACGACGAGGCGCUGGCGCGUCGUCUGCAGGCCGAGGAGGAUGCCCAGCAGCAACAACUGGAGGCAGUAGCCGCUGGCGGCAUUGCCUCGCAGUCGCAGCUCCCAGUGGCGCCCACGGAAAACGGGCCGAACGGCGACUUCAACGGCAUCUUAUUGAAGAAGGUGGUGCCGGCGGACAACUCCUGCCUGUUCACCAGCAUUCGGUUCGUGCUCAACGGCAAGGUGGACAACGAGGGCAGCGAGAUGAUGCGCCACAUAAUCGCCCAGGAGGUGGCCGCCAAUCCGCAGGAGUACAACGAUGCCGUGCUGGGCAAGUCCAAUGCCGAGUACUGCUCGUGGAUUCAGAAGGCUGACUCGUGGGGCGGCGCCAUUGAGGUGGCCAUUCUGUCCAACUACUACGGCAUCGAGAUCGACGUGGUGGACAUCCAGAAUGCGAUCAUUAACCGCUUCGGCGAGGACAAGAACUUUGGACUUCGCGUCUUCCUGCUGUUUGACGGCAUUCAUUACGACCCGCUGUACAUGGAAACGGCCCAGAGUGCCGCUCCCGCCACUAUCUUUCCCGUAGAAGAGAUGGGCGUGUAUCAGCAAGCGGAGCAGCUGGCUAACGAGGCCAAGUCGUCGCGCCAGUAUACCAAUGUGGACAAGUUCACGUUGCGAUGCAUGCAGUGCGACGUCAGGUUGGUGGGCCAGGCACAGGCCCAGGAGCACGCCCAGGCCACGGGCCACAGCAGAUUCGGAGAGAUUUAAUACGUCCUGAUCGUCGGCACCGUCUACAUUGUGGCUUUCAUGCUGUUUGCCUACUACCUGCUCACCACCUAGCCACAGUCGCACUGAUGCACUGACUCGCCGUCGCCCAGUUGCAGUGCGAGGAGAUCCCGAGCCCGCAGUAGCUAAAUUGUACUACCUCCACAUUCACGCCUCCAAAACUCAUUUAAUUCAUAGUCUUCUUUUAUCCUUAUCCCCUUUUCGGAUCGUAAUAAAGCAUGCACAUUCAUCUA